CACUAGCCUCAUCAGUCCCCAUUGCAUGCGCCACAGCUUGUAACUUUUGCCCAGUCCCCCAGCAACAAACAGCAACCUCACGGAAAGCAACGGGAUACUAGUACGCCCCGACGUCCUACCGAACCCACCAGACUCAACUACAACCAUGGACUCGGACUCGGUAAAGAAGGCGAUCAUGCGCCAGGCGGUGCAGGCUACCAACAUGUCCAACGCGCGGAUCCUGAUCGAGAACAUCAACAAGACAUGCUUCGAUUGCUGCGUUCCGAAACCCGGGAGCUCGUUGCCAGGUGGUGAGCAGACGUGUCUGACACAGUGUAUGGACAAGUACAUGAAGGCCUGGAACGAGGUGAACUCGGCAUAUAUCCGGAGGGUGCAGCAGGAGCUCGGCAACCAGACCAUCACGAACGCAUAGUGGCGCCAGAGAGGAUGGAUAAUCUAUAUACCGUGUGCGAUUUCGAUAGUGGCUUGGGCUGGGCGUGGAAAGCUCUGAUUGUACUUGUACGAUAGGGAUAGACUGGGCCUGGCGCACUGUGCAGGGUUGUAUCAUAUC